UGGCCAAUUAAAAAUCAGAAAAAUUGGAACGUCGUUACAUGACGUCGUGCAUAUAUUAAAAGAAUACAAGAAAUCUGAACGGUAGCGUCUGAUUUUAGUGGAAUCGAUUGUGUUGCUCAACGGUCAGGAAUGUCAGCGGGCACGGACAACGGAGCGAGACUCAACCAGUUCAAAAAUAAAGGAAAAGAUGCUAAUGAGCUGAGGCGCAGAAGAGCGGAAGUCAAUGUGGAGCUGCGAAGAGCCAAGAAGGAUGACCACAUCCUCAAGAGGAGAAAUGUCCACAGCCUUCUGGACGAGCCAACGUCCCCUCUGCAAGAGAAAGACCCCAACCCUCCUCCUCACUGGACUGUAGAGGAAAUUGUCGGAGGUGUAAACAGCGAGAAUUUAGAUCAUAAGCUGCAGGCAACGCAGGCAGCCAGAAGGCUACUUUCCAGAGAAAAACAGCCACCCAUUGACAGCAUCAUUGCUGCUGGACUCAUCCCAACGUUUGUUAGUUUUCUGGCGUUGUCUGAAUGCCCCCCCAUCCAAUUUGAGGCAGCUUGGGCCCUGACUAACAUUGCCUCAGGUACUUCAGACCAGACUUCUGCUGUAAUAGAUGGAGGGGCCAUUCCAGCUUUCAUCAGCCUGGUGACAUCACCCCAUCAGCACAUCAGCGAACAGGCCAUUUGGGCUCUGGGUAACAUUGCAGGUGAUGGGCCCAGUUCCAGAGACCUAGUGAUCUCACAUGGUGGUGUCCAUUCACUCCUGGCUUUGCUGUCAGCCCCUGACCUGUCUGUAUUUCCUCCCGCUUACCUGCGCAAUAUCACUUGGACCAUAUCCAACCUGUGUCGGAACAAGAACCCCCCACCUCCUUUGGAGGCGGUGCUGCAGCUGCUUCCAGCCCUUGUGCGCCUCCUGCAUCACGAUGACAAGGAGGUGUUGACGGACACCUGUUGGGCUGUGUCCUACCUGACCGAUCACACCAAUGAGAGGAUAGAGGUGGUUGUGCAGGCUGGCCUGGUGCCCCGUCUGGUGCAGCUACUCGCCUGUGGGGAGCUCAGUAUUGUGACUCCAGCCCUGCGCUCACUUGGCAACAUUGUGACUGGGACAGAUGAGCAGACCCAGUGUGUGCUGAAUGCAGGUUCUCUGGCAUUGUUUCCCAGCCUUCUGCGCCACCCAAAGCCAAACAUCCAGAAAGAAGCUGCGUGGACAGUGUCCAACAUCACCGCCGGCAAGGACAACCAGAUUCAGGAAGUUAUAAACGCAGGCCUGAUCCCCAUCCUGGUGGAGAUCCUCCAGCAGGGAGACUACAAGACGCAGAGAGAGGCAGUGUGGGCUGUUACCAAUUAUACCAGCGGUGGAACAGUGGACCAGGUGGCCUACCUGGUUCAUUGCAAUGUGCUAGAGCCUCUGCUCAAUCUGCUGAUAACCAAGGACAGCAAGAUUGUUCUAGUCAUCCUGGAUGCAAUAUACAAUAUUUUACAGAUGGCAAAAAAAACCGUAGAACUUCAGAAACUGUGCCUAAUGAUUGAGGAGCUGGGUGGUUUGGACAAGAUUGAAGCACUGCAGUCCCACGACAAUGAAGCAGUCUACAAGUCCUCGCUUAAUAUUAUAGACACAUUCUUCUCUGACGAGAAUGACGUUGAAGAGUCGGUUGUUCCUGAGGCUGGAGGAGACUGCUUUGCCUUCCACAUCCCCGAAGACCAAAGCACUUUUAAAUUUUAACACGUCCACUUAUCUUUUUGUAACAUAAACAAAUAGUAAUUGUUGCAUUGUGGUUCUUGUUGUUGGGGGGAGGGGGCAAAUUUUUUUUAGUCUUUUGAACUUUGUACUUAACAGCAUAGAAAAAUAAAUAUACAUGUUUUUUUA